AUGCGUCUUCUACUUCUCUUCUGCGUUUUCGCCGCCGCCGUUUUCCAAUUUUGCUCGGCAACCAAAUUCUACGAUCCGAAAUUUGACUACAAUAUGAUGAAUAAAUGGCUGCGUCGGUGGUAUAACAUCGAGCGAAAAGGGAAUGGCGGAAGCAAGAGCGAUGGCGGUUAUGGUGGCGGUGGCUAUGGGCGAACGGAUGCUCCGAGAACGGAAGCAACCACGCGAUUCGAAUGGACGACACGGGACAAUCGAGGAAGUGGCGGAGGAAGUGGAGGAGGAUGGGGAAGAUAUAACACCGGCAGUCCAUUCGAUUUCCGCACUGUUGAUUAUGGCUAA